UGUCAGCUCAGAGGGAGCUUCACCGAAGAAAGCGAAUGCUUCAUUUCCUGCAGGAAGAAAGAGAAACGAGGGGAAAUAAUAGAAGCCCAUCGUCUCCACUCAGAAUAGAAAGGGAGCAGAGUCCGAAACUCAGCCAACAUGCCACAUUCAAGAAUCGAGAUCCCGCACAUCUUAAGGGCGAUUACAGUGGAAGCAGCCAGAGCCUAUCAUCAUGUCUGAUCACGAGGUCUCCGCUGCGGCCACGAUUGAAAAGCGGUGCCAACAACCCAGCGGAGCGGUCCACCGGCAGAUUGCCACGCACAGACAGUGAGUGCCUGUUCAAGGCACCGGGAAUCGACUUUCUCACAGAAAAGGAUACUAAUACAACAACCCAUGAGGUCAAGCUGGAUUCCUCGGUUUAUCCUCGGAAAACACCUUUAAGGAACAAGUGCGACUUUUUUCCAAAAUACGUGUACAACCGUCCAUUCAAGGAGCAGGCAACCCAAACGCUCUACAGGGAAGCCUCGGCACAAACCUUGGCCUAUUUGCCGGAGACUGAGGACAAGGAGAUAGAUGAGCAUCUGGAGCUUUUCAGACUGGCUUCAGCUCUUCCUGGCGAUAAGCCCCCGGGACUCUAUGAGGUAGAAGUCUUGGAACGAUCCCGCAAGCGUUGGGCAUUUAACAAGGCACUGAACACAAACCUAAAGAGGCAACUGCAAGAAGCCCGAGAAUUGGCCAUGGAAACGAAGUACAAAUCCAUACUGGAGGCCUUCGAAUGGGAGAGUUGGAUCGAGCGGGAGGAGUGCAUACAGGAGUGUCAGAAGAGGCGUCUGGAAAUCGUUAUAAAGAUGUUCGACAAGCGCGAGAAGGAGAUGCAUUUAUCAUCCAAAAAGCGCAUUGAAAUGGCUUGCGAAGGUAUCGCGGAGCGCCGCCAAGCUGCUCUUCAUAAGAACGAGAUAGAGUAUCAGCGAGGCAAACGCCGGCUCGAAAUACAACUCGCAAAGACAUCCCGGAAAUGGCAAAGGCAGAGUCCCCUGUAUUCCUUGGGAUCACCGUGCUCCGAGUUCUAUGGACCACUAAUCAGACACGGUGUAGAUCCGGCACGUCGUCACUUUAUAGGCGCUAACCGCAAAGCCUUCGAUAUUAGGAUGGACGACCUGGAGAAGCGCGUGAAGAUGAACAACGUGACGUGUCCGUUCCGAAAACUGAAGGAAUUGUCCAAGCCCAGAGAGUAUGUUAAGGAGUAUGAACAGAACUUCUGCUCUGAAAAAAAAUUACAAAAGCUUUACGACUCCUUGACGGCAUUACGAAAGCAGCAAUACGAACACAAAAAUCCUCCCAAGAGUCUGAAGAAACGACACAAACCACGCGUUCAUUCAGUUGAUGCACGCAUGAGCUCUUUUUCAGGCUCGACCACUAUGUUCUACAAUCCUAAAAAGUCAAGGAUGGAGCAACCGCAAACGGGGCAUACAGUUGAACUUGAUCGAUCGAGUGCACUCGCCAAGAGCUUACAAGACGAUAGGAGGCAAGUAGACUUAGAGUAUCUUUUGCAAAAGUACGAGGGUACCUAUAUUGGUUGGAUUAUGCAGUUCCUCUCUGAGGAAAUGGGGCGGCUGAAGGAACAGCGAAGGCUCCACUUCUUUACCAUUUUGGCCCAAAAGGAGAGAUGGCGGCGCGAAGCGAAUGAAGCAGGAUUGCGGCAGAAGGAGAAUGAACUGAGAAGGGUAUACGACGAGCUGUUCCAGAAGUGCAACCCUGCCAACAAACAAGUUAGCAAUGAGUAUCUCAAAAGGAUUCUUACAACAGAUUUGAUCCACAUAGCAGACCAUGAGGCCACUAAAACGGUGACGGGUCUUGCAAAAGACAUUGAUGCCGAUAUCGAGCGUUGGUUGGAGAGCUUCAAGCUCAUUCAGACGCCACUAACCUAUGCUCCACUGCGUCUCAUGCUACGUGACAUGGUCUCCCCAGACAUAAAUGCUGCUCUCGAUCGUCAUGAGAAGGCUCUUAUCGCUAAUUAUAUUGUUGAGGACGUGAUAUUUGGCAGAGUGUGGGAGGAGCUAGAACCAUUCGACAUAUCCACCACCCUGACUAGCGACUUCAUUGAUCGCCUCAUCGACAACGAUCUCUAUCUAUUCUCCACGGACAGCGAAAGUGACACACCGCAGAAAACUUCAAGCUACGAGGCUAAGGCUAUUAUACGAAAGCUUAUCCGCCAGGCAGUUCCCGGACAGCGCUGGAAAGAUGAAAUCGAACGCAUUGUGCACGAGAACCAAAACGAUCUAUUCGAUGAUGUCUUCGCAGCAAUCAUGAACAAGAUUGAGAAUCCACCACCGGUGCGACCAUCCCAGUUAAUCGAAGUCGGCCCAAUGCUAUCGCACACUGUCAUUAAAACGGAGGAUAAUAUUCGAGCCAUGGAGAUUUUAGAGUUCGAGGCCAUGAGAGAUCAAAUCCAUACACAGUAUUCGGAGGAACUCAAAACAACAAUCCUAUCCCUAUUCAAAAAAAUUACGGUGGAUCAUAUUACCAAAAAAUUGGAGACCGACGAACUAUUUACUGAAGAUGAGACCAUUCCAAUGGGCGAAGACGUAUUCAUGAAGUCACAGAGCUACGGACCUCCAGAAUCUGAUCCGAAAUUAGAUUCUGACCUAUACAGCAUUAUGGGGAUUGUUGAUAUUUGUAAAGAGAAGAACUUUAAUUUGCUCAAAGGAACCGGGCAUCCCAAAUUGGAAUACAAACUGAAUGACUAUAUUUUUCCAUCGCAAAUAGUCGUCUGCGAAAAAGAUGAUGUAGAGGAACAUGAGAUAGAGAUGGGGAUGGAGAUGGACAUAACGGGUGAGACAGACAUAGUGACUGAAACGGAGAUGACAGUGAAGGAGGAAAUGGCGAUAUCAAUUGAAGACAAAAUAUCGAUUGGUUUAGAGGAAGAGAUGAAGAUGGAGGCAAAGAUAGAUGUGCAAAUGGGUAGAAAGAUGGUGGAAAAGGUAGAGUCGCCGAAAAUUAACAAUCCUAGUCUGACUGAAAAAACCUCCGAAUACGAUGAAGAAAACUAUGAAAUAGAGUCUAUUGAUAAUAUCGAAGCCUCAAUAGAAUCGGAUCAUAAUCUCAUUAAGAACCUCAUCGAAAAAGCUCAAGAAGAAGAUGAACUGGAUACGUCGUCUCUAUCUAAGAAUUUGUUAAAAAAGAACAGCUUUGAAAUAACUGCAUUAGUUGGUUAACUUUUAUUCAUAUUUUA